AUGAGGAAGCGAUUCGUGGACGUGGCCUACGCCUUCUUCUUCCAGCACCUGUGGCUCCUCACGGGCCUGUGCCUGCUCACCACCCUCAUCGGUGUACUGUGGGGCUGCAUACACAAUGGGCACCUGCCGCCUGAAUUCCCCAGCCCCAGCGACACAGGCGUCUUCCAGCCUGAGGGUGCGUACUUCACGUUCGGACUGUUCUGGUCGAUGAUCGGCCUGGCGGCUACGAUCGGCCGCCACUCGCUCGUGUUCGGGACGUUCCUCUACGACCAGCGCAAGCACUACCGCGCGGCCUCGUCGGCGCACCUCAGCAGCGCGGCCUACGGCGGCGGCGGCAGUAGCGGCGCUGGGAAGCCGGGCUGGCUGGGCGUCGUGGCGGGCCUACUCCUCUCCGAGCGCGAUGACGCCAAGCUGCUCAAGAUGGGCACCAUCAUCGGCGUGGCCGGCGCCUGCUUCGGCACCAUGGUUGCCGCUUUCGACGUGGCGUUGGCCGUGAGCCAGGGCCACGGGGCCAUCAGCAACCUGACGUGGCUGCGGGUGCUGAGCGUGAUGGGCUGCUGGUUCUGCCUGUUCGGGAUCAUCGGCUUCCGCCUCCAGUUCGUGAGCGAGGGUGGCCACCAGUCGCGCGACAAGGAGCGCGUGGCCUUCCUCAUCUUCUGGGCCAACCUCUUCGAGUGGAUUUGGCUCGGCCUCGUCCUCCUCUACGGCUUCAUCGUCUUUUAUUGGGACUACUACCACUCGCCGGUGACGUCGCCCUACUUUGGCUUCUCGCCGUCGGCCACCUCGAACCGAGCCAAUCCGCUCGUGUUCCGCAUCCGAUGCGAAGUCCAGCGACCGGACGAUGUACACAUUGUAUAA